AUUGUACAAGCCAACCUUGAAUACUAUGUAUUUGAUUGUUGCCUCUGCAGGUGAAAGAGGCUUUGAACUAAAUAUACAAAGAUGGCUUUCAACCUCGAUCAGAAGCGACCCCCUCACUGGGACAAGGCUUUCAAACACAUAGAGGGAUCUCAGUACACGCCGGCCUAUAUAUCUCGGUCCCAAUACAAAGCUAUAAUAAGCAAACCUAGCCCAACUAUGGAAUAUAGUCAGUUGUAAGAGAGCUUAUAAGAAUGAUGUGGCACUAUAAAGUAUUUCGUUUAUUAUUUUGGCCGGUUGCCUAUUCUUUAAAUAAGGUUAGGCAUCUACUUGAUAUUCUACAUAAUCCUACCGAGUUCUACAAUCAUUGGACAUGGCCAACCUCAAGCCCAUACCCGGACGAUGGACAGCGACUUGCCAAGCUCUGGCAGGAACCAACAAGGCGCACUAUUUAUGUUAUAUCAAUUGAUGUACACGCCUGGGAUUUAGAUCAAAGCAAGAUUACGGACAUUGGACUGUCUAUUUGGUACCCUAAUACCCAUCACGAAUUCGAUAUACGGUGUUUUCAUUGGCGAAUCAAGGAAAAUAUGUCUCUUCUGAACCGGCAUGCGCCUAAUGAACCCGAUACAUUUACCUUCGGCGGCACUGAAUUUAUUAGCGAAACUGACAUAGCCGCGAAUUUUGAGCAUCUUUUUAGUACAUUUGCUGUAUCUCAGAAUGUAGUUAUUGUUGGGCAUAGAAUCAACCUUACAAUGAGACUACUUAAAAACCAUUGGAAACCGCCAAAUACAAUGACACUACUUGAUACGCAAAAUAUAUGGCAACUUCAACACCAACGGUUGGACCAAGUUACGCUUGAGAAAGCACUCAAAACGACAUUAGGAGUAGUAUACCAAGACCACUUGCUUCAUAAUGCUGGAAACGAUGCACAGUUUGUAUUACUCCUGCUUCAAGCGCAAGGUCUUGCUUUACUUCUCUCCAAGCACUGACUUGAGGUGGAGGCUGAAGGCUUAUAGUUACCUCCGUAGAAAUAAGGAUGCUAGCCCUGCUGGAGGUAUGUAUCUACUACAUACUACUAGGUACUAUGUAUACUAGGUUAGGUACAUUAGGCGUAUACUACCUAGUAAUACUAAUUUAGGCAGUAUAUAGGUACGUAGGUACUACCAGUUUAAGCAUUAUAUACAAAUUUUGGAGGUUCCCGAAAGAUAAUUUCUAUGA